GUGAUUUCGUGAAUGACCUCACCGGCCUCACCAGCAUUUGAUCAUGACAGACACGACAUUGCUAGCGCCCAUAGAGCUGUCCGAUGAUGACAGCGACGAGCUCAUCUUCGUCUCCAGCGUCAAGCUCGGCAAGCGCAAAUCCUCAGACUCGCCCAAGCCUCGCAAAGCGUUGAAGCAGACAAGCUUGCAGGCUGCUCCCGUCACACCGACUGCUGACCGGAGCGAUGCCGCAAAGGCGCAAUUGAUCCAGCUCGGACAGUCCCCAGGCUCGGGCUCUUUCGCCAUACAUCCUCAUAUAUUCGAUCUCGAAGCUGCGUUCACGCGCAAGGCAGCCAAACCAAUCAUCAAGCCGCCCGAUCUCGAUCUGCUCCUGUUCAAGCCUCUGAUGACACCAGAAGGCUGUAGCAAGGUCUAUAGCUAUCUGCUCAAUGAGUUGCCCUGGUACAAAGUCAAAUACACUGUGCGGAAAGGCAUCGACAUUGUGACGCCGCGCUAUACGACUGUAUUUGGACAAGAUGAUACCAAGACGCAAGCACUCAGUAGGUACAAGAAGCGUCCACGACCGAUACCCUAUCUUCUUGAAGAGCUCAAGCGGCAUGUCGAGUCUAUCUCUGGCGCGACAUACAACUUUGUGCUUUGCAACUUCUAUUCAGACGGCAAAGACUCGAUCAGCUGGCACUCUGACGAUGAGGCUUUCCUUGGCCCGCAACCGACGAUCAGCUCGCUCAGCCUGGGCGGCGCAAGAGACUUCUACAUCAAGCACAAGGCAGAUGGUACGGAUAAGCACCAUUUCUCAUUGCAAGACGGCGACCUGCUCGUCAUGCGAGGCAAGACACAGGAGCGUUAUCUGCAUUCGAUCCCAAAGCGUGCUGUGGCCCGACCGCGGAUCAAUAUCACCUUUCGGCGCGCGAUUAACACCUAUGGCACUGAUAAUUAUUACAGUGCGUCUGCUGAAUGCUGGACGAGAGCUGAUCUGACGGGUGAGCAGAGUACAACGUCGGUGAUGGACCGAUUUACCGCUUCAGGGACGGCAAAAUGUGCCUAGCUGACUCGACCGACUGAGUCUUUCCCAUGACUCCAGCCUACUGCUCAGUCUGUGC